AUCACACCAAAUCAUCAACCUAGCUCUGUAAUCGCCCACAGGAAAAUAGGCGGCACUCCAACACUGGAUAUUACCGAAGAAACCGCUGUGUACGAAGGAAUCAGGCUUGAAAGUGCAAAAUGAAUAGCGCAUCUUCGACGGGCUACGACUUUAGCUCACCCACGUCGACAGAAUCAGGCACGGUGAUUCCCACGCCUUCCACAUCGAGAGCAAGCAGCACCAGUCGGUCUAGUUCUACAAACAUUCCAUCUGGUCCAUUGAAUCUUACAAUGUUGAGCACUACUUCGUGGAGACAGCCGUAUCCCUCUGUUGGGCAAUUCGCCAUGACAGAUUCAGAAGAGGUCGUUGCCGCCGGUCCCAACGGCCUUUUCUACUUCAGGCGCAUACACGACCACGCCGCCACACCGUGGUCCGAGCCUCGCCCAUUUCCUAGUAUGCGAGUGACACUUAAUCAGUCAACCGUGUCUGGCCUGGCGCUCUACCCAGCCCAUGAUUCCAAGCAGCGAUCGCGGCUUCACUUAUACUGCGUUUCGGGCGGUGACCUACAUAGUUUCUAUCUCACCGAUAAGAAUACUUCGUUUCUAGCAGACACUUCGCCUCCUCUAGCAGGAUCCAGGGUUACGGGCAAGCCAACGGUGGUGCAAAGUAAGAAUGUUCGCAACAGCGAGCGAUGGAGCCUGGUCGUUCCAUGCCAGUCUGGUGGUCUGCUUCAUACGUCGGCAACAUAUUCCACCUCUUAUGAUAACUCUAUGUCAACAGUGUGGGGGGCUGUAGAUCAUCUCGCGACUGAUUUGGGUAUAAUUUCAGCCGUCUCCGUCACAGCGGUACACAGCUUAGUCGACCGCUCCAUUAAUUUCAAGACAGAACUCGUGGCGGCCUGCAUCUCAAGAGGUCAACUCAACGUCGUUCAGGGUUCCUUCGGUCUUAACGAGGACCUUGGUCGCUGGGGCGGUUACGAUAGUGACUGGAAGUGGGAAGGCAAGACUUCUACUAGGAUUCUACAUCCGGGCGAGGUGACAGGAAACCCCGUGCUUAUCACUGGUCUUAAUUAUGAUACUAGCGAAACUCAGCUUGACCUGCUAGUGCCCUCGGCAGAGGGGGGCAUCUUUCACUUCUUUCGCAUGCAAUCUGCACCGAACGACUGGCACAUGAUCGGGCGCGUUGCAUUCCCUCAGAAUAUCCCACCCGCCUCCUGUCUAUCUUUUCACUCUCGGUCCGAGAUUUCCUCGAAAGGCGAGCUGUAUGCCCUGGUCCAAAUCGGCGGCCGCCUUUACCAUGUCAAAACAACCAACGAUAAGCUUCCAUGGUACAACGCCUGUCUAAAUCCGAUCGUGCAUCCAGGUCCCUUCUUUGAAUGAAAGUAUUACUUUCGCUGCAUCCUGUAUUCCUCAUCGCCAUCAUGUAAUAUUGCUGCAGGUCACGUCAUUCGUGCCUUUGAGCUAGGUUGACAGGACUUACUUGACGCACAGCAUAGAGAGCAGCAGAUAGCCAUGGAUGCCCAAUAUUUGAUACAACCUUCUAAGGGUCAGGUAACAGGUACCAGGAGGAAUGAACUCACUCCCAUAUGGAGAUGUCCACGGUGUAUUCUAGUUCUAUGUUAUUUUAUGCACUCACCUAAUUGAUCUCUUUUACAAACCGACGGUAUCCUAUAAGUUAUGAACUACAAAUUUUAGAGAAAUUAUAUGCUUUGUAAAUUAAAUAUGUUAAGAUCUAAUAGGUUGACUCCCGUAGGAUA